AGGCGGGUCAUCGCUCACGUCAAUCAAGGAGGGAAAUCGACGGUUGGUUCGCCUCGUUUGUUUUCAAUUGACGGCGGAACUUGCGUGCGGGCCGCGGAACGUCGGCGGCGUCCUCGCCGAAUGUUGCCGAGCGCGUCGCGGAAAUUGCCGACGGCCCUCCGCCAUCUUGAGUGCUGAGGAGGCCGCUUCUGAGGAGGCAGCGGCGGAGGAGGCGUCCUGUGUCGUUAAGGCCGGACCGGGUUUCCGCCCGCCCCCCACGCCGGGCCGAAGAGGAGGAGGUAACGGGAGGAAGGUCGCGGCGCGGCGGGCAAAAGGGCCUCCGCGGUGCUUUCCGUCCCGUUUCCGAAGGGAGGCGCGUAGGUAGGCCGCUGUCCGCUUCGCCUUCGCGGCGCCCUUGAGCGGGUCGUCGGGCUGCCUGCGCCCCCGCGGCCGAGACUCCCCUUGCCGGCUUCCUACCUCGUCAAGUCGCCCCGUGCGGUAAUAAAAGACGGCCCCUCUCUUCCCCACGCCGGGUUCCCUACUGCACUGGAGACGAGCCGGGCCUCGGGAAGUAGCAGGCAGGUGUCCCGUUGGCCUCAGGGGCGCCCAAAGGUCACCUUUCGUGAGCUGGCAGAGGGUGCCGAGAGGGAGGGGGCCGUAAGCAGCAGCCGGGCAUCGCGAUGCAGCGGCAGAAAUAAGCCAAUGCCCAGGUGGCGCAGCUGGUGAGGGCGCCUGGCUGCUUCACCAGGCAGGUGGCUGGUUCGAGCAGUGGGUUGGGCUAGAUGACCCCUGGGGACCCCUUUCAACUGUUGUUGUUGUUGUUUAGUCGUGUCCGACUCUUCGUGACCCCCUGGACCAGAGCACGCCAGGCACCCGUCUUCCACUGCCUCCCGCAGUUUGGUCAAACUCAUGCUGGUAGCUUCGAGAACACUGUCCAACCAUCUGGUCCCCUUCUCCUUGUGCCCUCCAUCUUUCCCAACACCAGGGUCUUUUCCAGGGAGUCUUCUCUUCUCAUGAGGUAGCCAACGUAUUGGAGCCUCAGCUUCAGGAUCUGUCCUUCCAGUGAGCACUCAGGGCUGAUUUCCUUCAGAAUGGAUCGGUUUGAUCUUCUUGCAGUCCAUGGGACUCUCAAGAGUCUCCUCCAGCACCAUAAUUCAAAAGCAUCCAUUCUUCGGCGAUCAGCCUUCUUUAUGGUCCAGCUCUCACUUCCACACUUCACUACUGGGAAAACCAUAGCUUUAACUAUACGGACCUUUGUUGGCAAGGUGAUGUCUUUGCCUUUUAAGAUGCUGUCUAGGUUUGUCAUUGCUUUUCUCCCAAGAAGCAGACGUCUUUUAAUUUCGUGGCUGCUGUCACCAUCUGCAGUGAUCAUGGAGCCCAAGAAAAUACAAUCUCUCACUGCCUCCAUUUCUUCCCCUUCUGUUUGCCAGAAGGUGAUGGGACCAGUGGCCAUGAUCUUAGUUUUUUAGAUGUUGAGCUUCAGACCAUAUUUUGCGCUCUUCUUUCACCCUCAUUAAAAGGUUCUUUAAUUCCUCCUCACUUUCUGCCAUCAAGGUUGUGUUAUCUGCAUAUCUGAGGUUGUUGAUAUUUCUUCCGGCAAUCUUCCCAUCCCACCCAUUCAACUUUCCAAUCGAUUGGCAUGCAUAACAUGGAAAAAAGGACAAGAAAGGGAAAGGGCCAGAUAACACCAGGCCGUGGCUAAUAUGGCACAGAGGAGAGAAUUGGGGUUCAAUAAGGCAUUUACAGAUUGGAGAACUGGGCCUGAACUAAAAAAAGGUUCUGCCCUUAAGAAGGAAUAACCAGAUGCAGCAGUAUAAGAAUUGGGGGCGGGGGGGGGUGGGCAGCUGACUUGCCAGUAGUACAUUUGAAAAGUCUCUUGUGGGGGUCUUGGUGGACCGCAAAAUUAACUUGAGUCAACAGUGUGAUGUAGCAGCAAAAAUAAAGGGAUGCUGUUGUAGGUUCCAUCUGCAUAAGCAGAGUGUUCCGAUCAAGGGAAGUCAUAGCAUUACUCUUUUCUCCCUUGGUCAGACCACACCAGGAGUACUGUGUCUAGUUCUGGGCACCACAGUUUAAGAAGAAUUUAGUCACGCUGGAAUGUGAGCAGAGGAGGGCUGCUCAAGGUUAUGAAGGUCUGGAAACCAAGCCUUAUGAGGGAACAAUUGAAGGAGUUGGGUCUGUUUAGGCUGGGAAAGAGAUGACAGAGGAGAUACAAUAGCCAUCUUAUCUGAAGGGCUGUCACAUGAAGGAAGCAAUAAGCUUGUUUUCUGCUUCCGCAGAGGGUAGGACCCAAACCAAUGGCUUCAGGCUUUAGCUGAGAUUUCUGCAUUCUGCAUUGCAAGAGUAGAUGACCCUUGGGAUCCCUUCCAACUCUAAAUUUCUAUGAAAAGAGGCCCACCAAACCCACCUGUUUACAAGAACAGCAGCAGGUUCACAAUGUGAUCCUAGCCCUGCUUGCUUGCUUAUGUUGCAAUUUUAUAUGCUUUCCCAGCCCGUUUCCCCUUAUGAAGACAGCAUAAGAGCAUUGCAGGGCAUCACUUGACAGCAGUACUACAUGUAUAGACAGCACAGCUACAAGCUACCUCCCUUUUUUAUGUUACAGAUUUAGUGGCAAUGCUUAUGGAACUAUUUGAGACUCAAAAUCUACCUCCUUAGGAUUUUUGCCAUUUACUGUGGAGUAAUUGUCACCAUAUUCUGCCCCGGGGGAGUGUCCACAGUAAUUCUAGCAUCUUUCUUAUGAUCCUUCUCUGUGUUAGUGUGCAGAUUUAGGGACUGAGUGCAAAGGAGCUCCUGCACUUUUAAGAGCUGUGAAGAAGUCUCUUCAGUAGGUGCGGCGACAACCUACACACAAUGUAUACUGUGUGAAACGUUUAUGUACUCUGCUUACCUUUCACAUUUUGUACUUAAGGUCUUUUAAAUUUUGUAAAAGCUGUAAGCUGAGGUGGGGAACCUUAGGCCCAGAGGCUGGAGGCCGGGGAACCUUCAGGUACAGAGCAUGUUCCCUGCUUCAGACCUUCCUUACAAUGCAUGGAGGGCAGUAGGAAUGUGACAGUAAUGUGGGAGUGAACACCUGAAUGGGACUUAUGUAAUUCUUGCAUGUGUGACCAUAUCUGCAAGUGUUCAUAUGCUUGGGUGUCAGAAAUGUUGGGUUAUAAAUUUAAACUAUUUUUCAUUCAUUUUAAAUUUAACAAGCUCUUGUUUGAACCUUGUUUUAAAUUUUAAAUUUUAAUGUCUUAUCGCCAGCACCUUAUUUCCAGCACCAUGUUGCGACUCCCUGCUGUCCACAAGGCCUUAGCUGGUGCCACUCAGAUUACUAAAGGAUGUGGUAAGUUGCCUUUAGAUGCAGUCCAUUUAUAUAGUAAUAUAAUGCUUUUAAACACACCUCCUUUUAGAGAAAAUACUUCAUUUUGAUGCUUGGAAGCAGCUUCUUGCUGUAUAUGAAUGUAAUGCAUCCCCCACGUCCCCUUGGCAAGGAAGGAAUCAAGUUUGUUUUGGAUUGACUGCAAUUUAGCAUAUCAGUCAGACCCUAAACUGUGACUAAUCUUAACAAUGGUUGGUUCAAAUAAGCAGGCUUUAAAAAGUAUGAAUUGAUGUUGGCAUAUUACAACUAACCAUUAAGAUUAAUCCAAUUUGUCCAGGUUGAGAUUAUAUGGCAAGCUCCAGUUAAUCCUAAAAGGAAAUAAAAACUGAACUCUCAUCACAGUGGGGGAGCGCAGAAACCUAGGACCUGCUGUGGCUCAUUCUUGUAAUGGUAAAUUAUGGUCUGAACAAUCCGUGGUAUAAAACACACUGUGCAGAUAAUUCCAUCCUAGGGAAUUAAAUGUUUUUUCUCUAUUUUUGUAAGGUCAGUUUGAUAGGUUAAAAUGAAUAAAAUAUUAUAUUCCAGCACCUAAAUGACUGACAACUUAAAUUCAUAUUAUGCUUUGGGGUUUUUGGCAGGACAGGCUCCUCUCACAUGAUCAGCAUGUGUGCUGAAAGGGGGCGGGGCAGGAGGGGAGGGAUGGGAUUUGCGUGUGCAACAACAGAACUCCUUGUGUAAGCGGGGAUUCCCCUGUAUGAGCUUGUGUGCCCUGUUUAUCCUUUCAGCAAGUAACUAGUGAAUGAAUCCAAAAUACUUAAUCUGACUUCUGAGCAAUAAAUGAUCACAUUUUCCAUAUUUUAUUCUUUUGUCUUUCAGUGCGUGCAACGGCAACAGCAGCCAGCAACCUGAUAGAGGUUUUCGUUGAUGGGAAUUCUGUAUUAGUACCUCCAGGAACCACAGUACUUCAGGUAGAAUAAAUCUGUAUACACUGUCUCUUUCUAUUCACAUUCUGUUCACAUCCCCUCCAGUACCUGCUGUAAUAUCUCUUUAAAGCACAUUGGACCUUGCUUCUCAUGGCUCCAUUCCUUUAUAGCAUUGCAAACCAACUGCAAAGAAAAAUAAGUACAGUGGUACCUCAGUUUUUGAACGUCUCUGUUGAUGAACAUUUCGGUUUUCAAAUGCCUCGGAAGUCGAACAUGCCACGUGGCUUCCAUAUUGAGUUUUCAGUUUUCGAACGUUUCAGAACUUGAAUGGAUUACGUUCAAAAACAGAGGUACCACUGUACUUGGAUAAAAAUAAUAGCUUUUCUUUAUAAAUGAGAGACUGACAGUGCUUUCCUAACAUAUCUACUUGGAAGUAAGACCUGUUGUGUUUUAAUUGUAACCUGCCUUGGGACCUUAAGGUUAAGGAAAGGGUAAUAAUAAUGAUAAUUAAUGAUGAGUUCAAUGGGACUUUCUCUUAGGUAAAUGCUUAUAGACUUGCAGCCUGAGUCAUAUUUGUAUGGAACAUGCUAAAAAGUUCCUAACAUGUACAUUGACACUUUUUCUCUUUUGUUUUGUCUUUGCUGUAGGCCUGUGAAAAGGUUGGAAUGCAGAUCCCUCGAUUUUGCUAUCAUGACAGAUUGUCAGUGGCUGGAAAUUGUAGGAUGUGUCUCGUGGAGAUAGAGAAAGCUCCCAAGGUUGCUAAUACUUUUAUCUUUCAUAAAUUGUUGUGUUCUAGAAGUGUAAAGAGCCAACAGGACAGUUAAAGACAAGCGUAAAGCGCUUAGCAGAACAGCUAAUGACAACCUUGCUGGCAUUUGAAUUACAAGUUGCAAUAUGCCCACUGCUAGCAGUUGCUUUUUGACAUUAUUGUGAAUGUUGUGUUCGCCUACAUAAAGCUGUUGGCAUAGUGUGUUUGUGCACGCGCACCACACCCCAUAGUCAAAUUUGACUGGACUUAACCAUCCAGGGGUCCUUUACCAUUUUACACACAUUUAUUUUCAUAUUUGUAGACAUCCUAUCAAACACAUUGAUGAUAGCGGAGCAUCAGCUUUUGGUUUCCAUUGAGAAAACAGGGGUGUUAAGCUGUUGGCAGUUAGGGCAUUCAGUAACAUAGCGCUGGCAUGCGCACAUGGGCUUUUACCCACUGCAGGGUGGCAACAUGCUGAAUCCAACCUAACCAAACAAUGUAAUUCCUAUACUGUGACUUAUGCCAUUUUUCCAGAGCUUGAGAACCCUAUAGGAUUGCAGCUCUACCUACCUUGUGUGUCAUGUCUGGUGCCUGAGAAUUUAAUCUCUCAGCACUCAGUGAUGAAAAAAUACAGGCAAGCAGCUGGACUAGAACAUUUAAGGUUGAUAUGUUCUUUACUGUCUCUUGAAAGCCUUUCCUUGUUCCGGCAGUCCAUGUGAUCGGCAAAAACAUCUAAAUAUUUCUAUGGUAUAUGUUGAUAAAUGCUUGCAGUGUUCACAUGUCCAGCCCUUGGAGGAAGGGAUAGCUGUUUUGCUGCAAACAUCAGUCAGAUGUUUCUGGGGAAGACCAGAAGGAGAGCAUGAAAGAUAGCUCAGUCAGUAGAGCAUCAGACUCUUAAUGUCAGUGUUGUGGGUUUGAGCCCCACGUUGGGCAAAAGAUUCUUGCAUUGCAGGGGACUGCACUAAAUGGCCCUCAUGGUCCCUUCCAGCUCUCUUCCAAUUCUAUGAUUCCAUGAUAAGGCAAUUGUCAUCUCAUGCUGUUACCCUCCACCUUCCCCCAUAACUGUUAUUCAGUAGUAAAUUGCAUCUUAAAAUGGAGGGUCCAUGGAAUCACAAUGGCUGUUAGCUUCUGAUAAAUCCUACUGUCCAUGAAUUGGAUCAGAUUUUAAAGCCCUCUAAGCUGCUGGCCGUGACUACAUUAAUUUAUGUAUUACGUGAAUGUUACUUCCUUAUUUUUGCUUUGAACUUAAGCCUUGGUGUUGAUUUUUAUCAAUAAGUUUAUUAUGAAACUAAGGCAAACAGUUGAGGCAUUUAAUUGAUAAUACCCUGCCACUAUGUGAGCAUCCAUGUAUACAAAUUUGUUAUUGAUGUAGCUUUCUUAUGCGUUUGUAGCCAGUAGCUGCUUGUGCCAUGCCAGUAAUGAAGGGUUAACUUAAGCCUUGGUGUUGAUUUUUAUCAAUAAGUUUAUUAUGAAACUAAGGCAAACAGUUGAGGCAUUUAAUUGAUAAUACCCUGCCACUAUGUGAGCAUCCAUGUAUACAAAUUUGUUAUUGAUGUAGCUUUCUUAUGCGUUUGUAGCCAGUAGCUGCUUGUGCCAUGCCAGUAAUGAAGGGUUGGAACAUUCUGACAAAUUCUGAGAAGUCUAGGAAAGCAAGGUAAGCUCCAUCCAAUUGUGUGCAAAUUGCAAUGUAUGCUGCUCAGAACUGAGAUCAGUGUGACUUAUUGCCAAGUAAGUGUGCAGCAGGGUGCAUCUUUAGUCUUCAACAUUACAACAGUAAGCUGGGCAUGUUUUGUUUUUUUAAGACUCGUUUUUAACAGAAAUGUUAAUGCUUGAACACACUUUCAAAGGAGGACAUAAUUAUUAAUAGCAUGCUGUAUUAAAAUAAAUGAAUUCAUGUAUUACUAGUCUAUAAAGUGUUUUUAGCAUACAUUAAAUGCUAAAUAUAGAUGGUGGUUUCUCUUUUACUGACCUCCAACAGAGAAGGUGUAAUGGAGUUCUUGUUGGCAAACCAUCCACUGGACUGCCCCAUCUGUGAUCAGGGAGGCGAAUGUGACCUUCAGGUAUAGCGUCUUGGAUUUUAAAAAUGGCCUUUGGGGUAAAACUUUGCUUCUCAGUCACAUAUGUUCAUUUAUUUGGGUUUAUUUGUCUUUAGGACCAGUCAAUGAUGUUUGGCAGUGAUAGGAGCAGAUUCCUAGAAGGCAAACGUGCAGUGGAAGACAAGAACCUCGGCCCACUAGUGAAAACUAUCAUGACCCGGUGCAUACAAUGUACUCGAUGCAUUAGGUAACUGCUAUCCUGUUUUGUACACAAACAGCGUGUAUGCAUAGUUAUUUAUCGGGGACAUUCAUCAGCCCGUUGCUUGUGUUCAGUUGCUUAUGAAAGAUCAUUCUUUAGUUCUAUUCCACUGCUGAAUUCUCUCUGGAAGCACCGAAGGAGUCCACACAUUUUUCACAUGAGCAGCUGACUACUGCAUAAUGUAAAAUCAGGUGGGCACAAACAAGGAUCUGGAAUAAAAAUGUACUUGUGUGAAAAUCUGUCAUUUUAGCUUUGUGUCGGGUCACUUGUUAGAAAUAGGAUACCUGGCUGCUGUAACAAAGUGCGCUAUGGAGUGCUCCCUGUUUGGAUUCCAGACACUUCAUUCCCUCUUCUCUACCCCCCCCCCCCCAGUGUUCUGUUUUAUCUCCCAGUAGUCAGUUACCCACUUAGCAUGCUCAGUCUUCAUUGGGUUGUUGUAGAGGAACAGGAGUGCCUGAACUGUUUGUGGAAGCACCACAAGGCUAAGAUAAAUUAAUGUAGAGAGAUUUUAAUGUGGUACAGUGACUUACACGGAACGGAAACUUAGUAGACUUCAUAGUUCCUUUUAAGUUUUACUUUCCCUGAACCUGUGAGUUGAGGCAGGUCAGAUAGCUAGGUGUGGGUUGCAUUAUAAUAAACACUUUACAGGGGCUAGAGCUGCAGAAAAUUACUUGUACAUGUGAGGCUAGAAAUGCUUUUCAUUCAUCUGAACAAUUGCUAGUUCAGAAGUGCUCAGUUAUAAAUCCUUCUUUUUGAUUGUUUCUUUAAAAUAUUUUUUUUUCUUGGAAAGACAAACUGACAUUUCAUGUAUUGCUGUGUUUUCUUUUUGCUUUCAUUUGUCAGGUUUGCAAGUGAGAUUGCAGGAGUUGAUGAUCUAGGAACCACAGGAAGAGGAAAUGAGAUGCAAGUUGGCACUUAUAUUGAGAAAAUGUUCAUGUCAGAGUUAUCCGGCAAUGUGAUUGAUAUCUGCCCAGUAGGUGCCCUUACCUCCAAGCCGUAUGCUUUUACAUCUCGACCCUGGGAGACAAGGCAUGUGUCUUUACUGGCACUUGAAGUGUCACUUUAAAUAUAAUUCUUUUAUUGUGCUAUAUGUUAGGUGUCAAAUAUUCAGAUUAAUUCAGACAUGGGAAUGUAGCUUUCCCCCAUGGCUUUUGGACUGGAUUUGUAACCUUGAACCUUUUGAAAGUCCUAAGAAUCCUAAUAAUACAAAAGCUAAUAUAAAUAAAAUUUAUCAUGGUUCAGGAAUGUGUCCAUAGAGCACAUUCAUUGGUGGUGUGUUGACCUGGGAUAACUUGCCCAUAAUAAGCAUUUCCACCAAUUUUGGAAAAUUCUGGUCUCUUUCAGAACCAUGUAGCUUCUGCUUCAUGUCAGAUGGUGGCACCAGCAACAGUGCUCUGUUACUCCAGUUCAGCCAUUCUUGAAGCAAAAUUGCUUGCCACAGGGAACCAGGCAGUGGGCCAUGCCUGCCUGCCCUGUGGAACAUCCACCCAUCAGAUGUCAAAGAGAUAAAUAAUUAUACGACCUUUCGUAGAUGUCUGAAGGCAGCCCUGUAUCACGACACUUAAUGCCUGAUGUUCUGUUGUGUUGUUUCUGUACAUGCUGUUGGAAGCCGCCCAGAGCGACUGGGACAACCCAGUCAGGUGGGUGGGGCACAAAAAAUUGCUGCUGCUGGCAUAGGCUGUUCAGGAUGCAGAACUGAGAAAGGAAGGGUGAGGAAAGAAUGGUAGUAAUGAGAUAGGCAGUAGUCCUUUACAGGCUGAAUUUAUAUUAAGUGCUGGUAGUUGCUGACUUCUGAUUUGCAAUAUAUUAUGGGAGGUUAGUCAUACUUGUCGUCCAUGAUUAGAGUUGUUAGAAACUUGGGAGCAUUUGGGAAUGUUUAGUGCGAGAUCUGUUUUCCAGAUAACAGCAUCCUGAAGUUUUGCAAUUGAAGGACUCUGUUCUUUUCGCUUAGGAAGACAGAAUCCAUUGAUGUUCUUGAUGCAGUAGGGAGUAACAUUGUGGUAAGCACUCGAACUGGAGAAGUGAUGAGGAUUUUGCCAAGACUACAUGAAGAUAUCAAUGAGGAAUGGAUAUCCGAUAAAACAAGGUAUGCUUUAACAUGUAUGUAAAACGUGAUAUUCUCAGAAGAGAAUUUUAGUACACAGAUAUACAGUUACAACACUUUCUUCAUUCCAUGUUUGAAGAUUUAGGAACAGUUCAAGAAUUACUUGCAAAUGGAUGUUGAUCAUCUUCUGUUGCAGCACAAAAAAAAAAAAAUCACUGCUAUCUGCUCUGGAAAUUUUUGGGGCUUAGCUGUGCAUAUUCUUCUAUAGGAUUAUGCCUAAUAUGUUUGUAUUUUUCUAAUUUUAAAAUUGUAGAUUUAAAAAACUUUCUUUGGCCAUUUCCACUUAAGAAGGUCUGGUUAUGAACAAAACACUUAAGUAUAUGUGCCACAGAAAAUGACAAAGUAAUUCAAACUUUCUGAAAAGGUGGUAUGCCGAUAGAUCUCAGUUAAUGAAGUAGCUGCUGAUAGCUGGGUUGUUCCUUCAGCAGUUGCUUCAUCAUUAUCUUGAUCUUCACUCCAGAUUUGCUUAUGAUGGUUUGAAACGUCAGCGUCUUAUUGAGCCAAUGAUAAAGAAUGAAGAAGGGCUGUUCACUUACGUGUCUUGGGAAGAGGCCUUGAGCCGUGUGGCAGGAGUGGUAAGAAAAUAUUGUUUCUUACAGUGUACUCUUGACCAUAGCUAAGGUGCUCGACCAACUUAAGUCAUGCUUUCUUCACUUUAGAAUUCAGGGGUUAAUUGCAUUACACAUCUUGUAAUUUUAAGGUGUAGCUCAGGAACUUGUUUUGCAUUGUAGACUCUGAAGAGCCAUAUUAUAUCUUGAAUGCCAUCUUUACAUAUCAGGAUAGUUUUGCUUCCUCCUCUGCAAUCUUGUGAAUAUUUAAAAGAAUAAGCUAUGUGUCCCACCUGCAUUUUGGGGGGGUGGGUAGAGGAAAUUGGCUUACCGUUCUCUAUUUUUCUAGUUGUUGAAGAUGAAAGCUUUUCCACUUUUUUUUUUUUUAAACAAAACAUACCAAAUUUGCUGCUAAAAUUUUAAUAUAAUAUCUCAUAUCGUCUUCUGUUUUCUCAUUUGCAGCUUCAGGGGAGCCAAGGUAAUGAUGUAGCUGCAAUUGCGGGAGGACUUGUGGAUGCAGAAGCACUUGUAUCUCUUAAAGACUUGCUGAAUAGAGUAAACUCUGACAACUUGUGUACUGAAGAGGUCUUCCCUACUGCAGGAGCUGGGUAAGUUAAUGCUAACGGCUGUACUGCUACUGGACUAAAAGCCUCAGGGACAGCCCAAGUCAUUUUCUGCUUGAGACUAGGACAAGAUAAGAGGCCAAUAUCAUGUUCAGAAGCUGAUUGGACAGGCAGUUGAAUCUUUAUUUGACAUUGAUAAGGCUGUGUCUUUUUGAGGGCAGCAGGCUAGCUUAGAGGGUACUGGCUGGGCUGUCCUCCUUGCUGCCACUGCCCAGCCUUUGCCAUCUAAGGGGAGUGCCUCAUUCUGCUUAAUGGUAGGGCUGGCCCUGAAAAGCAUAUGCUCAGAUAAUAAUAAUAAUAAUAAUAAUAAUAAUAAUAAUAAUUAAUAAUUAAAAAAAUAAUAAUAAAUUAUUUAUACCUUACCCAUCUGGAUGGGUUUCCCCAGCCACUCAGGGCAGGUCCCAACAGAAUUAAAAGCACAAUAAAACAUCAAACAUUAAAAACUUCCAUAAACAGGGCUGCCUUUAGAUGUCAGAGCAGCCUGUGAGUUGUCAAUUUUGACAUAUCAGAACUGUAUAUAUUAAGAGGACCACAUAAGUUUUAGUAGAGGCAGGUAUAAAGUAGGCAUAGAGCCAUUUUCACAGAAGAAAGUGAAAAUGCUCAUAUCACCCUAUUAGUUUAUUUUAAUGCACAGUGGAAUCCAGGACCAGGAUUUGGAUUUAUUAUUUUGAGAUCUAGUAUUUUUUAUGAAAUAAAAGUAUUCUUAACAGAGGUAUUUCAGAGUCCUUCCCAUUGGAAUACCCCAGUCAUAUUUUCCUUUUUUGUGUGUAUUCUGUUACAGAACAGACCUGCGAUCUAAUUACUUGCUUAAUACCAAGAUUGCAGGAGUGGAAGAGGCAGAUGUCUUGCUCCUGGUUGGUACCAAUCCACGCUUUGAGGCACCUCUCUUCAACGCCAGAAUCCGAAAGAGGUUUGUAGCUUCAUGAAAGUAGCAGAUGUUAAAUGGCUUGCUCUAUGCAAAUGAGAAACUGCAUCUUGAAAGUGGAAUAUUGGGUCCUGCUACGUAUGAACUUAAACUGGGAACUAUUUAAUUUGGACAAUGUCUUGAUGGCUGUACAGUGGUGCCUCACAAGACGAAAUUAAUCCGUUCCGCGAGUCUCUUUGUCUUGCGUUUUUUUUGUCUUGCGAAGCAUGGCUAUUAGCGGCUUAGCGGCUAUUAACGGCUUAGCGGCUUUAAGAAAAAGGAAACAAACUCGCAAGACGUUUCGUCUUGCGAAGCAAGCUCAUAGGGAAAUUCGUCUUGUGGAACGACUCAAAAAACGGAAAACUCUUUCGUCUAGCGAGUUUUUCGUCUUGUGAGGCAUUCGUCUUGCGGGGCACCACUGUAGUUAUAUCACUUGCUAUGCAUUGUGCUAAUGCAACAUACACAUUAAGGGACUGUGACUGUUGUGGUUAUUGUACUAAGAAAAAGGAGUACUUUCAGAAUAAAAAAAUGCAAGGGCUCCAAAACUGCAUUUCAUAAGAUCAUAGAUCUUCAAUUCAUUAAGCAGUUGAUGCAAUCUCCUUGCUAGAGUUGUCUUCAUGCUGCCUAGCAACCUGUCCCUGAAAAUCUGGGAAAUAGCACAACAUUCUGUGAUGCAAUGAAUCAGGAGAGGAGAAAGUCAAUUGAAUACAUUUAAGGUGUUGCAUCUGUUUUAUGUCUUAAAAAUUAGGGCUCCUACUCAGUGCUUUUUUCUAGAAAGAUAGGUACCGGUACUCACCAUGAAGUUGUUACAGCAAGGGCCACACUUUUUAACAACAACAAAAAAAAAGGUGCCAGUACUGCGUACCCUUGAGGACCCCCUAAAAAAAAAGCACUGCUGGUACCUGUCUUCGGGUGCAGUGCAUCUGUUAAGUUUCAGCAGCUUCUGUACAAGGAACUCUUUGCAAGAAUAUAUUGUGCAAAAAUAAAAUGACUAUGCACUGAUUUCUCUGCACAUUAUAAAACCUUAAUAGCAUUUUUCGUGCUCCAUUUUCAGCUGGCUACACAAUGAACUUAAAGUGGCUCUUGUGGGCAGCCCAGUUGACUUGACUUACACAUAUGAUCACCUGGGAGAUUCCCCACAGAUACUCCUGGACAUUGCGUCAGAAAAACACCCAUUCAGCAAGGUACCUUUAAAAAAAUGCAGUGCUUUGGAGUGGUAGAUUAUAAUCAAGGUAUUAAAUUUUGUAAAAUGGUGGUGAUAUUUAGUACUCAUGUAUGGGUUCAUAUUUAGUAUGCUUUUGAGAGCAGCCUGGUAGAAGGCACUCCACACCAUAGAGGCCACUUAUUCCUCCAGUGGAAAUAAAGGACCCAGGACCACCCCCAAGCUUGGAUACCUUUGGGGGAGCAUGACCCCCCAACUAAAACAGAUUCCACCUCCCUCAUCCAGAUAGGGGAACUGCCUACUAACAGCGCAUUUGCAAAUGAUGCCACAUAUUUGUUUUUUAAAAGCUGUAGUUGGCCUUUUCAUUCAGUAUGUUAGCUCUGAGGUUAACACCCUGCUCUCUUGCAACUUCCACACAGGUCCUGAACCAGGCUAAAAAGCCAAUGGUCGUGGUUGGCAGUGCAGCACUUCAGCGUGGUGAUGGGGCAGCCAUUCAUGCAGCCAUUUCCACCAUUGCACAAAAUGCAAGUACAAAAAGUGGAGCUGAUCCCAGCUGGAAAGUCAUGAACAUUCUUCAUAGGUUUGCUCAACAUGUCUUUGUCCCUUUUUUAUUGUCUUGUAUGGUGAGGUUUAAAGGCUUCCUAGGGCAAAGCCGUUGGCUUCAUUCAUCUGGCUCAAGUGUAAGAUAGAGAUUUACUGGGAAACAAGUGUCACAAAAGGGUUGCUUGUUUGUAGAACCUAGCAUUUUGUCAACUUAAUCUAUAAAGGGGGUAUUGUCCAGUAAUGGGAUUAGCAGGACAUGCUCAUAUGCAUUCAGAGCCAAAUAGAAACUUAUUUCAAAAUUGAGCAUGGAACACUAACUCCAGGUAAAAGCUCAUUUGUGUGUGUGUACAGUAUACAUACAUGUCCCAAAUUAGCCUCCCCCCACAUUUCUCAGUGAUUGUAUGUUUUCAUGCAUUGUUACAGUUUAGAAAGUGCUUCAAAUAAUUGGGCUUUGCCCUGGUAACUUUCAGCAUGUUUUAUAGCUGUGGAUCUGAAUGAAUAACUUAGGAUUUAUACCCCCUGGAUAUUUUAGGAAAUCCUUGGAUUUUGAGAGAGGAAUUUUAGAUAAUCGGGUGAAAUUGUCAUCUCUUCCUCGACAGGGUUGCAAGCCAAGUAGCUGCCCUUGACCUAGGCUACAAGCCAGGAGUGGAUGCGAUCCGGAAGAACCCUCCUAAAGUGUUGUACCUUUUAGGGGCUGAUGCAGGCUGUGUUACUCGGCAAGAUUUGCCUCAGAAUUGCUUUAUAAUUUAUCAGGGUAAGUAGCACCAUUUGAUCACAAAUCAAGGGAGGAAUUUAAUGUUGCUCUAUUUGGAUCAUUUCCUCAUCACAAGCAUUUCUGCUUUUCCUGGUAAAAUUAUCUCCCCUCUCUGCCCCCGCCACUACUGUGAGGGUUCUCCUGACCUCUCAAGCCAAUUUGGUGCUGGUGGUGGGGAGAGUCCUUUUUCACUAGCAGGACUCCUUGUGCUGGCUCCCGCUCAUCCAACUAUUUAGUUGAAUCCAUCCCUAAGAAAUGAAGAAUUGGAGUAAGCUACCUAAAGCAAUGCGCACAUGUGUCAUGUUUCAGGUGAAUGGCUUAACUCCCAGUUGUACCUGUGCUUAUUACAGAUGUUUCUACUUGUUGUUUGAAAUGUUUGCCUUUACACAUACCUAUUGCCUCAGGCUCAAUAUACCAGGCAUCAAAUAAGUGCGUAGAAAAUAAGCAUCAUUUCUGCAGCCCUCUGCCUUUCCCAAAAACUUGUUUGAGAGAUUUUUGUUUUAUGUUAAAGCUGUACAUUUUCUGUUCUGUUUCCUGGUUUGAAGGCCAGAAGUAGCUGUUAAGUAGAAGUAUACUUUGGCACAGAAGAAAUGGAAAGUGUUGAAUGCUGAUUUGUGUUUUAAGGGGACUUUAUCCCUAAUAAACUAAACCUAAAUGUCAGUGUUUGCGCUGUGCCCUCUAUGAUGACUAGAGUGGGUGGCUUGUGUUUGAGAGCCAGAUUACUUCUUAAAUUGGGAGAACUAAGUUAUUUUAAGCAGCAUAGAAACUUGGUGUAACCAGGAAAGAAUCCUUACAUGAAUCCUAUCCGCUAGCACAGUUAAUUUGUCUAAACUGGUAGAAUUCUUUAUAGUUGCUUAAAAUGUAAGUUACCUUGAACAAAUAAGUGAAGAGCUAUUUAACCUGGAAGAAAUGGUCUGAUAAUCCCAGCAGGUAAAAUGAUAAGCCUUUGAUAAUGGGGGAAUUCUUGAGGGAAUAUGUAUAGGCUUUUACAAUGUCCUGGCUAAGACAUAACAAACCAUGAACCAAAGCUGAAUCAAAAGUGUGCAGUUUGUAACCCAAAGAUAGAAAGAGCUAAAAGAAUACAAGAUUAAUAAGAGUACAAAAUAAAAAGAGUACUUAGCAGUGCAUGGUGUAAAGUUAGGAUACAUGAUGAUAUUGGAAAUAUAUCUGUUGGCACUGGGGAAGUUUCUGGUACCACAACUGAGAAAAUUUAAACUGAGAACUUCAUUUUGAAAACAGGCACAGUAUGGCUUUAAUAUAUAAAUACAUACAAAGUAUUAAAAGGCAUUCUGUCUCUGUAAGGUGAUGUCAGCAAGCAUAUCGCUUGAAAAUAGUAGCAGUUUGUAUAACAAUUUCUUCAAAGCUGUAGCUGGAGAUAAAAACAGGAUAUCCAAACACAAAAAGCAAACUUCAGCCAGUCAAAAGUAGAACUGAAGGAGACUAAUCAAGCCAAGACAGCAGAAAAGAGAAAUUAGCAAAGUUCUUGGAGUGCAGUUUUCACCUAUCUAAACGUAAUCUAGACUUUUAUAGAUACAGAAAUUUAAACAUACAGUACAGUCACACUGUGAAGUUUCCCAUUGCUAUUGACACUUUUACUGGAUUCCAUUUCAGGGCACCAUGGUGACGUAGGCGCUCCUAUGGCUGAUGUUAUUCUUCCAGGAGCAGCUUAUACAGAAAAGGCUGCAACAUACGUGAACACUGAAGGUAGAGCUCAGCAAACCAGAGUAGCUGUAACACCGCCUGGCCUGGCAAGAGAAGACUGGAGAAUAAUUAGAGCAAUCUCUGAGGUACUGCAAGUAUAGCAGAAAUGGAGCUUUCCAGUAACAGUCUUUUUUAUUAUUAUACUGCAUUUGUAUACCGGCUUGGUUCUCAUGUCAUGUCACUACACAUUUUAAAACAAGCUGUGGUUGAAUAUGAAGAAGCAGUAUACUGGUAUAUGUUGCUAAGAGGUUCUCGAUUGAUUCCUCUCCUGCUCCUGCUGGGAAACAAGUUAGUCUAACUUGUUGUGAUGCCAGAACCCAGGCUUGUGUUUUCUCUCUCCCCAAGCAGCCAGAGACCAAUAACCAAGAUUGCUCUUAGCUUAAUGCUUCUGGCUGGUUUGAGGAACACAAUCAUGCCUUUGUUCAGACGUCAUGACAAACCAAACUCUGGCAUGAGCACUCUGGCCUGGACAUCCUAUAUUGAUUUGCAAGCUCCACUGGACUGCAGUCUUCCGAAAUGAAUUGCUAUGAAGUGCAAAUAUUAGAAAUAGACCAUUUAUGUGAAAUAUAUUUUCUUGAAUUAGGACUUCGGUUGAAUCUGGCAAGUCCUGCUAAAAGUGUGUGUGGACUGACUUUAUUUGCAUGCUUGACUGUCUGGAGAAGGAUGGUAACAUAUUGUUGAUUUUGCUCAGUGGUUUGAAUCAGUUAAGACAUACCGUUAGGAACUGCACAAAUUCUAACAAACCUGCGUGGGAUGCUAGGCAUAAACAAAUUUGCCAGCCAUUUCGUUUUCUCUUGUACUUGAGCCAAUCAGAAAUCCUACUUUAUAAAUGGUUGCCCUAUUUACCCUAAUAAUUUCAGAUUGUAUCUUUUCUUAGCCCUACACAAGGUAUACUCAUUGAACUUAAUGGAUGUGACUAACUGAGGUCCAUUGAUUUCAAGGGGGCAUCCUACUCUGAAUAACUAAGUUGGAUACAAUCCUGUACCUUUCAAGAUGUAUCCUUUUAAGCAUGUUCAUUGCAAAGGUAGUGUGUUUUCCAAGAAGUAACAAAUCUUAACCCAGUCUUAAGGUUCUUCCUCCCACUUUUCUCUUUCAGAUAGCUGGCAUGACCCUCCCAUAUGACACACUUGAUCAAGUGAGGAGCAGAUUAGAAGAAGUAUCUCCUAACUUGGUCAGAUAUGAUGAUGUGGAGGAAGCAAACUACUUUAGCCAAGCAAAUGAGCUGUCAAAGGUAUGGGGUUCCACAUUUAUGCAGCGACAGCAAAAUAAGUGUGUCUUGUGUCCUGCUGAAAAAGGUACCACAGGGCAAGUGAGAACAAUUGUUUUCAUAAAGAUGACUGCUUAUUCUUUUUCAAUACAGGCAGUUAAUCAGAAACUUCUUGGUGAUCCUCUUGUUCCACCCCAGCUCACAGUUAAAGACUUCUAUAUGACAGGUAACAGCAGUACAUGAUCUCAAUAGUGUGUCUUACUUAAUACAUGGAUACAUAAUAUUUCCCGUUUCUUCAGUUGAGAGGCAUACCAAUUUUGUUUCUGUGUAAAAUACUUUAAUUGCAGAUACCACGUUCAGUGAACAAGACUUGUAAGUCUUAAAACUUCUAGAGGUAAUAGACAUGUUUUUCUUUGCAGAUCCCAUUAGUAGAGCAUCACAGACAAUGGCUAAAUGUGUUAAAGCUGUUACCGAAGGGGCCAAGGCUAUUGAAGAACCCUCCAUCUGCUAAGGAAAUCCUAGAGUUACCAGUGUCGGAUCAGGCAUUCUUAUGACAUUUUUCCAAAAAUAAUAAUUUUGUGGUGGUCUAUUUAAUGGUUUCCACUUUCUUUAUGAAUGCGGGUGAAAGUUUAUUUAAAGCCAGCUGUCCAGUGUUCAUUUGCUAAUUAUGUUCAGCACAGCUUAAAUGUAUUUAGAAAUACAUAUUAUGUAUACUGAUUGUGUACAAACAUGAUGUAAAAUUAAAGCAGUUUUACAUAUGUAAUACUGUUUCUCUGCACUGUGUUUCUCCAGUAAGUUAAAUAUAAAAUUCGCUCAAAGUACAGAUGGCAAACUUUGGACAGAGGUGAAAUCUUAACACUUGCAAUGUGAAACAAUGUAGCAAGCAUCUUGUUACUUUUUUUUUUGUGCAGAAACAUUUAGUUAAUGUGACAUUGGUGGGUUUGUACAACUAACUCACCAACAGGUUAAAGAUUCCUUUAGAAGUACUCCCCGCUCCUUUCCAGUCCUGUUUCAUUUAGAAUUUACAGUUUGGGUACGUCUUAAAACUUUGAAAAUAAGGAAAAGUGAUAUAGGAGUUUUGUUUUACAAUGGCUCAGAGCUGUAUUAUUUUAAAAGUACAGCAGAACAAGAGAUGGCUUUUGACAGUGCAGCACAAUCUUAAUUCUAUCCUAAUAUCCUUCAACUAACAUGGUAGCCUUUACCUAGUAGUUCGGACUUGUUCCAUCUAAGCAAAAAUAAGACUUACACAUUAAAUAGCUUACUCCUAAGACACAAUGGGAAUGUGGCAAAUCUAAUAUUAUCUACUGUGGGUACUGUAGAAAGUUAUUUAAAAUUCAAAAAUGCAAAAAGCCACUUAUUUUAAAUGGUCAGUUUUAGCCAACUUCAGCUUGUACAGGCAUCUGUAGACUCAUCUAUGUAAUGCUGCUCUCUGGUUUAGCAUUACUAGACCUUAACCUGUCUGAUUUUUGAAUUACUGUUUUGAAUAAGAGAGGCUGGAGUCCAUAAGUGUCCUGUGUUAUUUGCAGUCUAGGGGGUGGCACAUCCCCAAGCAUACCAUUUUAACACGUUCUUGGGGGAAAAAUUUUUUUUUUUGGGGGGGGUUGUAAGGUGGGAAAUAGUGAUGCACAAAUCAAUGUCUAGAAACCCAGUUGUAGUUGUUACUAGAAGUUCUCACUACCAGCUGGUAGUGGUUCUUAUUUGCACCAAAACAUACACUUAAUUUUAGCACUAUUUGUUGAUCAGCCGUCCAGCAUAAGAACUGACAUGCCAAAUAACUGUGGUUUAAAGUAGCUUUCUCAUAAAAGUUGCUGUACUGGUGACUACUUUUUCAAAAAUCCCUGGAAACAACUAGAGGAAGAAACGGCAAGCUCUUAGAUAAUUUGUUUGAAUGCUAAAUAUUAACAUCGUAAUAUUAUGAAAUUAUGUACUACUCGUUGACAAUAAUCUGAAUGUUAUUUAGGAUUAGAAGUGCCAGCCCACAGGUUUAAUUAUUUCUUAGACUGGCCCUAAUGUGACAGUUUAAUUUUUGCAGUUACUAGUACAAGCCCAAUAAACUGCAGAAAUAUAUAUGAGUAUGGAUAAAUGCCAGCCCAAAAUUUCCCUCCCUGCUGCCUUUGCCCCAUAUUCUCUCACCCAAUGCCAGCACUGUUGCUUGUGGCCACACAGCAGAAGUACUGUAUUGGAAAGACCCUUAAAAAAAAAAAAAUCACGUGCUUACAGAC